CCUCACUGGCCUCAGUCUUGGAACAGGGUCAGAGGCAGGAUAUUGGAUAGAAUAGCGAGCGAUGCACACAACAUCUGUCACGCGCGCGCUCGCGCUGUGUUCAAAUCGAAUCCGUUCCGAGUUGCAGUCGGAGGGAAAUCCGUUCUGACCUAGCUACGUAGCUGCAUGUACAUCGCUACACAGCAACUGUACCCGGCAGAUGCAUCGAUCACCUACAUCAUGGGUUUGUGCAUGUAGCGCCAUUUUGCCGCGAGCCAGCCUUCGAGAGGCGAGCGCAUGUGCAUGAUGAUUGUGUGACCGCGGAUAGUGUGCAGGCCCUCCCUGAGUUGAACGUGCACUACUGCCAGUACUGGCACUAGAUGGACUUCUUCAAUCUAACGGUCGGCAUUCUCAAGUGGAGACUGCCUCUCAACAACAUGUUGCCUUUCGUGGAGGCGAGCUGUUAUUCUCCCACGGAUUGUCUGUCGUAAAUAUUCUGAAGGUUCUCUGUCCGUGGUUCAGUCUUGUUGACGCAACUUUGCUUGGGAGAGAAAAAGUAGAACUUCACAUCAGGGAAAGGACGAAAUGUUGGCUAUGAAGCAGAGGAUUGCCAACUGGCAAGAUAGGCAGCGACAGCCCGUAAGGCAAGGCGAUGGGUCAAGUGACAGGCGAGAUUCGCCUCUCUGGGCAACGGACGACGGAGGUGGGGACCUUCAACGUCGAGGCAGAAGGUUAUCAGUUGGCAGCAACACCGCCUUUCUUGUCCGUGUCAAAACGGAAAACUCCACGUGCGAGGCACCUCGCUCGAAGAAUGGCGAGCUUGCACCUGAUUUCAAUAUCAAGCGAUUUGAGGAGAAAACGAACAACUCCCGGACGAGUCAUCGAUGGUCAGAAGGCAACUUUCACCCGGUGCAAGUGUACGACGUGGCAGAUUCGUUAGCCUCUCUGCCCACGUCUGCAUCAAGUGGCAGCGAUAGCGGUUUAGUUUCCUGCAGUACCAGCGUGGUGGAGAACCACUGGGAAACUCUCAACCCACAGCAUGAAGUACAGCCCCGUUACUCGACCUUCUUCUAUACGGAGCAGCUGCAAAGGCACAUGGACCCAGCGCUGCGGACGCGUAAGCUGAAGAAGAAGCACCUGAAAGGCCUACUAAGACUGCAUGAUAUUUUGCAAUCACUGGAGGUUGACCUCAGGACGAACCCUGGAGAAUGGAUCCGAGAAUUCAUCGAUGAUCCGAACCGUGGAGCCUAUCUCAUGAUCCAGCUGCUCACUGAUAUUCAGAAUCCGCCACCGCCAGUGAAACUAAAGAAAGGUUAUGAAGCUCUGGAUCGAAAUCCCGAACUGUUCGAUGAGCAUAUCUGCGUCCUGUGCUUGAAGGCUAUCAUGGCUAACAGAUAUGGUUUUACAGCCGUUCUGAACAUUGAGGACAGCAUCCGGGUACUGACGUUGUCACUGAGAAAUCCUCAACCGAAGACCAGAGCGCUCGUCUUGAAGCUCUUGAUCACUGCAGCCAUCACUCCUGGUGGUCAUCGUAAAACACUGUCUGCACUGGAUCACCUACAACGUAUCACCGGUGAACGUCGACGCUUUGAAAACCUGGUGGCACAGCUGACUGAAGAGCCACUAGAUCAUCAUUUCCAGGUUGCUGCACUAUGUUUCAUCAACUCUCUGGUGCACACCGCUGCCAGCAUGAACUUGCGAGUGUUCCUGCAACAGGAGCUCAAGUCAGUCGGCUUUGAUCCUGAUCUAGUAGAGCGUUCUCUACGUGGGCGUCAAGAUGUGGGAGUUCUCCGUGAGCUGGAACAGUGGCGUUCCAAUGUUGUGGAUGUUCAAGGAGUGAUGGAUGAGUUCUUGAUGCUGCGUAACCGUUCCAACUUACUCCGCGAUGAGGUGGAUCUCCUCCAAGGCCGCAUCGAUGAUGGUGAAAAGGAACGUCAAUGUCUACUGCUGCAGAAUGACGAGCUGGUAACAACUGGUGAGAAGUAUCACGAACGAGCGAGGAUGCUGAGGGAGCGUGUGGAAGUACUCUCGAAAGUCUAUGAAAAAGAUGUAGGCAAGCCAGUGGAGAUUGAAGGCGAUGACGAGAUACUGAAGCCAAUGGAGCCACCGCCAGCAAUGGGUGACUAUGCCAAAGCACCUCCGCCGCCACCAGCAUCGGGUGGUGCACCGCCUCCACCUCCACCACCGCUACCAGGACUUCCAGGUGGACCGCCAGCACCCCCGCCCAUGCCCGGUAUGCCGGGUAUACCAGGUGCACCUCCACCACCUCCAAUGCCGGGAAUGGCUGGUGGUAAGCAGAGAGCUCUUAUCAAGAGCAAUGUGCCGUUGCCAAUGCUGAACUGGGUGGUCUUGCGAGAGGUGGAUAACACCAUCUUCAAGAGUAUCGAUGACGAAGCCAUACUAGCAACUUUCGACUUCCAUGAGUUUGAGAGCCUUUUCCAGGUGAAGAGAAAAGAAGAAAGCGAGAAGGCCUUGGCCAAGAGAGAAGCUGCUAAGAAGAAGCUUGCCGAGCAAGUUACAUUGAUUGAAACGAACAGAGCUCGCAACCUUGUUAUUGCAAAGCGUCGCAUUGGCCAUCCAUCUAACAAAAUCCGACAGUACAUUCAAAACACUGACUUGGAUGGCUUGCAUGCAGACCAUGCGGAGCUAUUAUUGAAGUUUGUACCAACCAAAGACGAGCUUCAGAAGCUCAAUGCAAAUGCAGAGAAGGUGCAGAACUUUGGUGAGGCUGAGGAGUUCCUGCAUGUGAUGUCCAAGGUGGAGCGUUACGAAUCCCGGCUGCAUGUCAUGACGUUUGCUGGUUACUUCGAUGAGCUAGUGGCCACGGUAGCGCCUCAAAUCAACGCAGUGCUAAAGGCGUCCCUUUCCAUCAUGAAUAGUCGAAAACUGAGGAAGUUGUUUGAGAUCAUUCUUGCUUUUGGCAAUUACAUGAAUAGUGGACGCCGUGGGCCAGUGUAUGGAUUCAAGCUGGAGUCUCUGGCAAGGCUGCUGGACACGCGUUCGACAGAUCGCAAGCAGAACCUGCUGCAUUUCUUGGUCUCAACAGUGGAGAAGAACUUUCCUGACAUCACUGACUUCUAUGAGGAAUUGAAUCUAGCUGGAGCUACCGGAGUGUCCAUGCAGACACUUGCACAGGAUGUACAGGGUCUGCGCAAAGGAAUCGACAUCACACUCUAUGAGCGAGAGAAGCAGUCCAACAACUUUAUCAUCUUCUCCUUCUAUAACCGCGCAUUUCGCAAGGUGACAGCUAUCUCCGACAACUACAAGAAGAUGGAUGAAGCCUUCAAGGAUGUGUGCAUGCUGUUCGGGGAGAGCCCAAAGAACACCGACCCAUCAGAGUUCUUCGGGCUCUUUGUCAACUUUGUUCGCAUGUGGAAGCUUGGCGUGGAUGAGAACACUGCUCGGGAAAAGAAGGCAGUCGAGGAGGAACGGAAGCUUCAGCUGCAGCAAGAGCAACUGCAGAAGAAGUAUGAAAAGCAGCGACAACUGGAGCAGGAACAAGAGCAGAAGGCACAAGCAGAGUCUGUCCUGGCGUCCCAGCCACUACUUGAGCCAGGGCCGCCGGAUUUGCCAUCGCCGAAGCUAAGCAAAGCUGAGCAGAAGAAGGCAGAAAAGCAGGCGAAGAAGGACAAAAAGAAGGAAGAGAAGAAGCAGAAAGAACUGGAGAAGAAGAUGAAAAAGAUGGGCAAGUCGGGUCUGAGUGGUCAGCUGCUGCUUACAGAGUCUGGCCAGCUCCAGGUGCAAGACCAACCGAAUGAUGUCAUGCUGAAUGGAAAGCCACCAGCUCUACAUGAGCCACCAGUGGAAGACAGUCCAGCGACUGUUGCCGAGUCCGAUGGCAGCACUGCUGAGGAGAGGAUCAGUGUCAAGUCACGACAGCCACAGCAACCCACAGUCAUCAGCCAAGCAGUGGUUGGAAUAGAGACACUGGCAGAAGUGGAUCAGCAAGGAGCUCACCUGAGCACAGCCAAUGCUACGUAUCAGAACCAGGAUGCACUCCAGCCCAGAGCGGGACCGUCGCUAAAUAUUGAUGAAGGUGGUGAGCUGUACAUGGCUCCACCCGAUAGCUGCACAAGUUUUGAAGAUGCAGACAUCUACAUGAUGCCCGCUGAGACUAGUCAACAGCACUCUGCCCAGGGCAGCAUUGCUAGUAUGGACUGCGAUGACUUUGUGAUGCCCAAGGUCGAGCCGCCACCGCCCCUGGAUGAUGCAAUGUCUCAAACAUCGACACGUGUUGGCUAUGAUGCUCCGCUAUCGCCUGGUUCAUUACAAUCUGGUCAGAUAGUGGACGAGUACUACGAAACGGCGCAUGAUUUGACGUCACACACGCCUGGUGAAAGUCAGUACCAGAAUGAAGUGCAACAAGCUCAAGCUGACGGUUUGAUAUAUGAGAUGGGCGAGGACUCUGAGGAGGAAGACGUCGUGAUCAAGCCAAUACCGAACAUGGCGGCAAUAGCAGCGGCUCCCGGUGCCCGUGUUCAAGCGCAUCCAAAAAAACCACUGAUCACACAAGGCUCUGACAGCACUCUCUACGAAGACAUGCCACAGAGCUUGCCCGCACAAAACCACGCCACCACCCUUGCAGUACAGGAAGACGCUGGAGAUAUGUACGACUUCAUACCUGGUGACAGCGCUAGCGGUACGACCAGCGGCGCCAGCUCUACUCUAUCUUCUGCAAUGUCCACGAUGCAGAAAAACCAGCCAAGUAUAGCACCACCACUCGCACCGCCAGCCUUGGUUGAUCAAUCGCACUACGACUUCAUACCGGUUAACGCGCCACCCCUGCCAGGAUCAGCGUCACCACGGCUACCACCCAGACCAAGCACUGCUACACCAUACCUGCCUCCCCGUGAUCCUGCACCGGCUGAGCGGCCAAUGGAGGAUGAUGGAGAACUUUACGAGGCGUGCGGCGGUAUGACAGCUGUUGAUUAUGACCGCAUGAAGAGAGGCACAUUGGAUCCAAGAGCAGCCCAGACUGAUCAGCCAUCUGCCAGAAGCAGUGGUAACCCGUACGAUCGAAUGAACUCUGACGGAGUGCUGCAGCCAGCUCAAGACCCGCCACAAGAAGAGUACAUGGAUAUGAGCGCAAUUGGUCAAGGGCAGAGUGACAUAUACGAAGGUUUUGAUGGCUAGUACAUCUAAACCUACUAGUAUCUGAAAGUUAGGCUUGGUUGCUGCAUGAAGUUAUGUGACAACAUUCUACCUUUGCGCAGCUGACAAGAAUUCAGCACACCACCUACGAUAUUAUGUGAGUGCAUGGAAUAAGAAAUCUAUUGUGAGGACUAUUGUGAUUGUCCUUUCAAAACAAUGCUGAGUUUGAGCAUUUUCUUGGCCCGAAUGCCACCCCCCCCCCCCCUCAGUUAUUAAAAUGUUUGGGGGCUUUUCUCCUUCGGAUUUUUCGGAUUAAUUCAAUUUAAAAAUCGUUAAGCUCACACAUUUCCCUGAUUGAAGACCUCACAAAUCGUGUGCAUGUUCAUACGUGUGGAGCGCUAUCUCA